AUGUCUGAUUCAGGGAAGAUUACCAUCUCUAUCGAUCGUGGCGGCACAUUUACUGAUGUCCACGCGAUUCAACCUGGCCGUCCCGACAUUAUCUUGAAGCUUCUCUCUGUCGAUCCUUCUCACUAUCAAGAUGCCCCGACUGAGGGCAUUCGUCAAAUUUUAGAGCUGGCCACCGGGGAGCCACAUCCCCGAGGCCAACCAUUGAAACUCGACCGCAUUGGUUGCCUACGCAUGGGCACAACCGUUGCAACCAAUGCCUUGCUCGAGCGCAAGGGCGCUCGCUCAGUACUCUUCACAACCAAAGGGUUUCGAGAUUUAUUAAAAAUUGGCGACCAAUCUCGCCCGGCCAUUUUUGACCUAUCAAUGGCUCGCCCCGGAGUACUCCCGGAAAGUGUCGUCGAAGUCAACGAACGUGUGCUGUCUUGCCAUCCUUCUGCCGACAGCGAUUGCUUCUCCGAUUGCCGGGUGGUAGAGGGAAUCACCGGCGAGAAAUUCCGUAUCGUGCAAGAACUAGACCUCGUUGAGGUGAAGGCAGAGCUCCAACGACUGAAGGAGCAAGGAAUUCUGUCAAUAUCUGUGGCGCUAUUGCAUUCCUACGCAUAUCCUGAACACGAGCGUCAAAUUGGCGAGCUCGCUCAAGAGAUGGGAUUCUCGGUUACUCUCUCUUCAAAACUUCAACCCAUGAUCAAGAUCGUGCCUCGUGGCAUGUCAGCCGCAGCCGAUGCCUACCUUACACCCGUUAUUAAGACAUACAUUGACUCCAUCUCUUCCAGCUUUGAAGGUGGGUUGGAGAGUCAGCAGGACUGCCGAUUUGAGUUCAUGCAAUCAGAUGGUGGACUGGUCGAUUUCCGCAAAUUCAGCGGGCUAAAAGCGAUUUUGUCCGGCCCCGCAGCUGGCGUGGUCGGCUUUGCAGCCACCAGCUGGGAUCCCACCGAGAAGACUCCCGUCAUUGGUUUCGACAUGGGUGGCACCAGCACAGAUGUCUCCAGAUUUGAUGGCCACCUUGAGCAUGUAUUUGCAUCCAAGGUUGCAGGCGUGAUGAUCCAAUCCCCUCAGCUUGAUAUCAACACUGUCGCUGCUGGCGGUGGUUCCAUUCUCACUUGGCGUAAUGGCUUGUUCUAUGUCGGGCCUGAGUCUGCAAGUGCUCAUCCUGGGGGGCCCCUCACAGUGACAGACGCCAAUCUGUUCCUGGGCCGCCUUCUGCCGGAAUACUUCCCGAAGAUCUUCGGCCCGAAUGAGAACGAAGCUCUGGACACAGAGACGACUGCACGCCUUUUCAACGAACUCACACAAAAGAUCAACAUUGAACGCCGACAGCAAGGCCAGUCAGAGUUUUCCCCAGAGGAAGUCGCACUUGGCUUCCUCAAUGUCGCAGAUGAGUCUAUGUCCCGGCCAAUCCGUAACCUCACAGAAGCUCGCGGCUUUGAGACUGCAUCUCAUCAUUUGGCAUGCUUUGGAGGUGCUGGUGGCCAGCACGCAUGCUCAGUGGCCAAAACGCUCGGAAUCUCUCGCAUCAUCAUUCACAAGUAUUCUUCCGUUCUGUCAGCAUACGGCCUUGCUCUAGCAGAAGUUGUCAAGGAGUCACAAGAACCGGUUUCGUCAGUCUAUCUAUCUUCACAAUCUGCGCUUCUUCGACACCUCGAUGACUUGUCAGCAUCAGCAACCAAGGAUAUGGAAUCCCAAGGUUUCCCUUCCACUCAAGUGCGCCAUGAGCAAUACUUGAACAUGCGCUACGAAGGUUCCGACACCAGUCUAAUGAUCCUAAAGCCCGAGAGCUCGGCAGACUUCCUAGAAGAAUUCCGCAUUCGUCAUCGCCGCGAAUUCAACUUCAACUCUGACCGACCUGUCCUUGUUGACGACGUUCGGGUGCGAACUAUCGCCUCAUCCAAGGUGCGGUCCGAGCAAAGUCCCUUGGUCCAACUGAAGGAAGCCAAUAUGCAAGAUGUCGCGACGGCUCCGAACAACACUACUUCAGCCUACUUUGGCCAGUCGAGUCGGGUCGAUACACCAGUUUACCUUCUAGGUGAAUUGGAGAAGAAUUCCCGCAUUUAUGGCCCGGCUGUCAUCAUUGAUCAAACUCAAACAAUUGUCGUGGCUCCCAACGCAGUGGCGAACCUGCUCGACACCUGCAUUGUCAUCGAUCUCAGCGAUGGACCAACCUCUUCCGGAAGCGCCCUGUCAUCGGAAAUUGACCCCAUCAGGCUUACUAUCUUUGGACAUCGGUUCAUGUCCAUCGCUGAGCAGAUGGGUCGUACGCUACAGAAGACCUCCGUUUCAACUAACAUCAAGGAGCGGCUGGAUUUCUCUUGCGCUCUAUUCUCUCCCGAUGGAGGCUUGGUGGCCAAUGCACCCCAUGUUCCGGUUCAUCUUGGAUCCAUGCAAUUUGCUGUGCGUUAUCAGCAUGAGAAGUGGCUAGGCAACUUGAAGGAUGGUGAUGUUCUGGUGGCCAACCACCCCAGUUGCGGAGGCACCCAUCUGCCCGAUAUUACCGUCAUUACACCGGUCUUUGACCGACCUGGUGGCUCCGAGAUCAUGUUUUACGUGGCUUCCCGUGGCCAUCACGCUGAUAUUGGUGGUAUCUUACCUGGAUCAAUGCCUCCCAAAUCCACCGAGCUGUGGCAAGAAGGCGCCGCCAUCGAAGGCGAUAAGAUUGUCAGUGAUGGUAUCUUGGAUGAGGCACGUUUGAUCGAGUUGCUGGUCACAAAGCCCUCGCAAUACCCCGGCUGCGCUGGAGCACGCUGCAUCAGUGACAACUUGUCCGAUCUGAAGGCACAGAUUGCCGCCAACACUCGUGGAAUCAGCCUGAUCCAAACUCUGUUCAAUGAAUAUGGAACCCAGACCGUGCAAAAGUACAUGUACGCCAUCCAGGCAACCGCCGAGUCUGCUGUGCGCAAUCUUCUCAAGGAGCUAUAUCAGAAGUUCAAUGGCCAGCCAUUAGAGUCAGUCGACUACAUGGAUGAUGGCACCCCCAUUCGAUUGAAAGUCACCAUCGAUGGUACCGAUGGAUCAGCUGUCUUCGACUUCGAGGGCACAGGCCCUGAGGUGUAUGGCAGCUGGAACGCCCCCAUUGCCAUUACUCACUCAGCCAUCAUCUACUGUCUGCGCUGCAUGAUCAAUGCAGAUGUGCCACUGAACCAGGGAUGCUUGGCGCCAAUUGACAUUCGCGUCCCAUCGUCCAGCAUUUUGUCGCCGAGCAAGACUGCUGCUGUCGUUGGUGGCAAUGUUGUGACCUCACAGCGCAUCACAGACGUCGUGUUCAAAGCCUUCCAGGCUUGUGCCGCGUCUCAGGGCUGCUGUAACAACCUGACCUUCGGCACAGACGCCAAGCUUGAUCCUUCCACUGGUGCUGUCAUCAAGCCUGGAUUUGGAUAUUACGAGACUAUCGCUGGCGGCAGUGGUGCUGGCCCAACUUGGAAGGGCGAGUCUGGUAUACAUGUUCACAUGACCAACACGCGGAUCACCGAUCCCGAAAUCCUGGAAAAGCGUUAUCCGACGAUGCUCCGCCAGUUCACUCUACGCGAGGGCUCUGGUGGCCAGGGCAAGAACCCCGGUGGCGAGGGAGUGAUCCGCGAAAUUGAAUUCCUUUCACCAAUUCAAUGUUCGAUUCUGUCUGAGCGCCGUGUCCAUCGGCCUUACGGACUCGAAGGUGGCCAGGAUGCACAGACUGGAUUCAAUCUGUGGAUCACGCGGGAUCCGGACACUGGCAAUGAGCGCCGUAUCAACAUCGGCGGCAAAAACACUGUCUCGAUGAAGACACACGACCGGGUUGUGAUCAACACUCCCGGCGGUGGUGGCUGGGGGGCUGUAUGA